AUGCUGAGCUUGUGCGAGUCUACUGCAAAGGAGACCCUGAAGACCGAUCUGAGUGACAAUUCAACCGGAGACAUCGACGCCACCGGACCAAACACGGCUGUACUACACGCUCUGCACCAACCCAUCAGCCUGACCUUGUUUCUGGGUGUGUUCACCAUGUGCCUACAGCCCAUUAUGUUUGGGUUGGGCAUCGGUACGCCUAACAAUGCGUCGAUUGCUAUGCAGUGGAACGGCGUGGUCAAUGGCACCUUUUCGCCUGAGCCUGCCACCUUCGAGCCGCCGUUGAGCGAUGAUGUGUACUCGUGGAUCACUUCGCUUCUAUCGGUGGGCGGGGCCAUUGGAGGACUUUGUGGGGGAAAG